CACAGGCCAAACGUACGCUUCUCAUAUAAUAUAGUAUAUCCCUGGUAGCGAUUCGUUUGUGGAGCGUGAGCGUCUACCAAAUCUGAUAACAAAGAGAGAGACGGCAAUCAAAAACUAAGCUCACCCACAAUUACAAAUACCUAAAACAAGUACACACACAGAUACGGUCGACAAUUAGAAAAACAAGAACAAGAGCACCACCACCACCACUACCACCACAGACCACCACCUAAAAAAUCAUCUACAAGCCACCCAUCCUCGUACCACCGAACUCACCAUGAAUUUAAUGUUUCGCAAGAAUUUCCGCGAGGGGGCGAGCAAAUCUGGCGGAGGAGGCGGUAAGCUUCAAUCGAAGGCGAACAGGACGAAGAGGUCGCGGGACAUGGGACUGGUGCAGCAGCCAGAGGAGAUCCACUACAGGACUCACCUGUUCUUCUCACCCAACCGACCCGGUUACGAUGUCGGCGAAGAACGAUGUAGCGCCCUGUCAGGCAUUCCGAGCACCCCGCUGUCGAGCACCGCCCCCUCCCUGGCCCUGCCCGGCAACCUGCCCUACGAGCUGGACUCGCCCCAGCCGCUGGUCGACCGUCGACCUUCCUUCUCCCUGAUGCGAUGGAACAGCAACGGCAGCAGCGGACCGGGUACAGAAUCCAACAGUGCUAGUAACAGUUUGAUCCGCCUGCAACAGCAGCAACAGCAGCAGCAACAGCUACAGCAGCAACAUCAGCAGCUAUUGGCAACAGCAACAACAGCAACACUGGGGUACGCUGAUGCAACGGUGGCCACGGCAACAACAACAUUGCUAGCGGCCGCGGCUGCAGCCACGCGGCAAGUGAACUUUGGUAGUAGUGCCAACUCGGGAGUUACGAGAGCUGAACCCAUUUCUCUGGCUACCCUUGAUCGUGAUUGCUUCAUUAUUCCGGUGCACAGUGUGGAUCGUUUCCUGCCAGCCGGGAUACCACUGCCUGCUUUAAGCGCCGAUGGAAAGGCUACUAGUCCUUUGAGUGUCCUAGAAGUCUCUGAUCCUAAGCUAUGCAUUCUGGUCCAUUUAAUGAGUCCCCUGGAGGCCAUUGAUCCGGUAAUGGAAUCCCCGCUGGCCCAUCCGCUGCUAAAACAGCGCUCCAUUGCCGCAGAGCUAUUGACUGAAGUGCAGCAGGCCAAUACUGCCGUUGGCGGCAUGCUCUUGGCCAACAUGGAGAAGAGCUCCGAGUUCCCCUUUAUAUCCUAUUACCUGAUCAAUACGCUCCAAACGGAUCCUUCCAACUUCUACGCCGGCCUGCGCGUCUCCUCCUUGUCAAAGUUUGAGCCAAAGGCCCUCAAAUACACUGCCGCCCACACCCUGGACCUCUAUAGCGAGGUGGCUGCCAUUUGCCGUCCGCCUCUUGUCUUGCCCUCGAACGAGGCCGGCAGCUUCAAGAAGUCGCAGACAGCAGCUACCGGCUAUAUUAUUAGUGUUUUCAAGGUUUUUGAGGGCGACGAUGGCGAACGAUUCGAAAAGAACUGGCUUUACUGGACCGGUGCCCGAAUGUUGUACAGGUACCUGCCACGUGCCGCCGGUCUGCGGCGCAUCGCCCUGCACAAGAGCACUUCACAGAAGGGCGACAAGAUGUAUCUGCUGGUGUGCGAGUGCGCCGAUCUGCUCAAGGACAUCUCGCUGGCCGCAUUCCUGAUACCGGCGUUGCGGGCCAGGCUCUGCGGAUACACGGGACUCUACCGACCAAUACAGGCCUUUUAGUGAUGGAUACUGGCUACUGGGUUUAACAGGCAAAUCUACAUCUAUUUUCUAACUUGUGUAUAGUUAAUUAAUUAAAUAACGAAUCUAGGGCUAAGGCUAACACCUAAUGCGAAACAAACACUGCAAUUGUGAAAAAAGCUGCACCUUUUACGUGAUUCUGAUUCUACACUAACUAGGCAUUAACAAAUUUUAAAACCCUCUCUAGUCGAAGUCAUUUAAAAAUAAGCAGUAGACCAUAUACUCAAGGUAACUCCAUAUCGUGUGCUAGAUUUUUCUAUAAAAUCAUAUAGAGACAAGCCCAAUUAAUAGGACCAUAUCUAGUGUGAGUUGUUCUAGCGAAAGAAGAAAACUUCCAUUUUAACCACAAAACCAAUAGAAGAUACAGUGGGAACUUAAUAUGUAUACCUAUAUUUAUUAGAGAACAAACGAGCAGUUAAUCACAAUUAAAAACGCUGAAUUUUGCGCUGAAAAGUAGGAUAUGAAAUCUGCAAACCAAAAGUCAAUUCUUAGCAUUAGAUCAAGAUUAAAUGAAUAUAAAAGUCUAUGGAAAAGCAGGAAAGAGCGGGCUGAGAAAUGGGUUUCAGUAGUGGGUUGGGGGAAUUAGCUAACUUUGCCCAAAUCUAACACAAAUCUGCCAAAGUCAAAGCAAAAAUAAGCCUAAUGUUAAUUAAUAAACAAUUUCAAUUUUACAAACUAAGCCUAAUAUGUAAGCCACAAAAGAUUGUCUAAAAUUAUUAAAUUAUUGCUUGGCUUAGGAAAUAAAACAAAAUAUUAUAAUUACUUAAAAAAGAAUUGUAAAUAGUUAGUGGACUUUGUAGAGGCGCUGCACCCACUCACUCGCCCAUCAAAUGCCGUUUUCUCGUAUUUCAAAACUCUUUAAUUUUGCAAAAUAACAACAGAAUCAAAUAGUGCUGUGAUAAUUAAAUAAAGCAGAAAAAAGCCCAAAAAAUCCCCAACUGGAUAAAAAUGUAGCAAGAACACUUGUUACAAAUAUCUUGAAGAAACAAAAACUAUUGUAAAAACAAGCCAUUAAUUCACCCAGUCAAGGACAAUAUCAUCUAGCUGCCAUUUAAAUGAUUUAGCUUACUUUUUCUCU